CAGAGCAGGGCUCAGGAGAGAGAGGGCUGGGCUGAUGAAUAACUGUGGUGAAGUUAUAUUUUCCUGUUUAACAGCUAGACCUGUUAUCUAUUCAUAACCAUUUAUGAAGCAGGAGUCACCUGUUCUGCUGUCAGUGAGGACACGGGAGUGGCCAGACAGCUUCUACCACAGGAGAAAGCUUUCUGCAGGUCAUGGCCUCCAACAUGUUACCAGAAAAGCAGUUCUACUGCCCUGUCUGUGUGCAGGUGUUCACAGACCCAGUGACCACUCCCUGUGGACACAACUUCUGUCAAACCUGCAUCAAGAGCAAGUGGGACAACAGUGAUGUCUGCCAGUGCCCCACCUGUGACAGAUCAUUCCCUUCAAGGCCCGAAAUAAACAUAAACAUAGCUUUCAAAGAGCUGGCAGACACAUUUAAACAGAUGAUAGUCUGCUCAUCAGCUGCACCGUUGUCUGCAGCCCAACCGGGCGAGGUGGUGUGUGACGUCUGCGCCGCCACGUCCCGGCAGGUGAAAGCACUGAAGUCCUGCCUGGUGUGUCUGACGUCGUACUGUGAAGCCCAUCUGGAGCCUCACCAGAGGGUUGGCACCCUGAAGCUGCACAAGCUCAUGGAGCCCGUGAAGAACCUGGAGGACAGGAUGUGUAAGAAGCACGAGCGGCUGCUGGAGAUGUUCUGCAGAGAUGAGCAGAAGUGUGUGUGCCACUUUUGCACUGAGACUGAGCACAGAGAUCAUCAGGUUGUUUCCGUAGAGGACGAGAGCGUGGAGAGGAAGGUCCAGAUUAAGAAGAGCAAGGACGAUUUUCAACAGAUGAUCCAGGAGCGACUGAAGAAAGUGGAGGAGAUCAACAACUGCCUGCAGCUCAGUAUGACAAGCGCAGAGAAGGAGACGAAGGAGAGCGAUCGUCUCUUUAUGUCUCUGGUUCACGCCAUCAAAGAGAGACAAAAUGAAGUCAAUGGAGAGAUAAAGGAGAAGGAGAAGGCAGUGGAGAGGAGGGCGGAGGAGCUCAUCAGUGAGCUGCAGCAGGAAAUCGCUGAGCUGCAGAGAAGAAACACUGAGAUGGAGGAGCUGAAGAACACUGAGGACCACCUGCACCUCCUACAGUGUUUGCCAUCUAUUACAUCACCUCCACCCACCAAAGAGUGGAUGGAGAUCAUCAUACCUCCUGAGCUAUGUGUGGGGACAGUGAGGAGAGCGUUGUCUCAAGUAGAAAAGACUCUGAUGAAUGAAAUGGACAGUUUGAAGAAAGAAGAGAUGAAGAGGAUGCAGAAAUAUGCAGUUGACGUGGUUUUAGACCCAGACACCGCCCACCCAAACAUCAUCCUGACAGCUGAUGGGAAGCAAGCAGGCCGUGGCGAGCUUCUGCACGUUGUUCCGGACAACCCGCAACGCUUCGACCCCGUCAUCUGUGUUCUGGCCAAGCAAGGCUACAUCUCGGGGAGGUUCUACUUUCAGGUUUCAGUGGGGCAAAAGACCUUCUGGGAUCUGGGAGUGGUCAAAGGGUCAGUCAACAGGAAGGGUAUGAUCACCUCCAAGCCAGAGAAUGGCUACUGGACGGUGCGUUUGAGGAGCGGCAAUGAAUAUCGAGCUCUGGACUCCCCCUCAGUCCGUCUUUCUCUCAAGGAAAAGCCGGAGACUGUGGGAGUCUUUACAGAUUACGAGGAAGGCAUAGUGUCAUUCUUUGAUGUGGAGACCAAAUCUCACAUCUACACCUUUACUGGGUGCUUAUUCUCUGAGAGGAUCUUCCCUUUCUUCAGCCCGGGUGUUUGUGACGAAGGAAAGAACAAGGCGCCGUUGAUUAUCACAGCUGUCAAUCAUGAGGCAUAGCCUUUACCUGCUUUCUGAAGGUGCAAGGGAUAUUUUGUUUUUACCAAACUGGAAUUUAAUAUUAAAGCUUUUUUGGUAUUUGGGUUAACAGAUAAAUCUGCGUUAGUAUUGAUAUGAAUGGUUACAGUGGUGCUUAUUGUUAAUUUAUUUGUAGUUCUUAUUGUAAAACCUUUUUGGACUGAAUGCAAAACGUUUUCAAUGGUAAUUUUUUGGGAACUAACCCUGGUCCAUGACAGUAUAGAAGCUUUCCAUUAACACAUUAACCUCCUGAGACAUGAGCUCUUGCUUGAUAUGCAAUUUUUAAUUUCUCCUGACUAUUUGGGAUUAUUGGUACUGAUAAGUACACAACCUAAGCUUCAUCUUUGAUGUUAAAUUAAUGACAAACGUAAUGCAUUUAUAUGCUUGUCAAAAGUAUUUUACUGCAGAAUCCCCCCAUCUGUGAUCCAGCAGCAACCUUUGGCUGUUUCCACACCUGAUCUAUAUUUUUUUUUUAUUGUAUUUUUUAUUAUUCUGCACGAAUGUUUCAUGGUGAUAACAAAUUCAUCACAAUAAUACAAGUACAUGUACUUGAGUCAAGCCAUCUGCAUUUUUACUGGUGCUUAUGUGCUGUUUCUUGUUAAUUAACUAAAAAAAAAAAGAGAGAGAUGUGAAAAUGGCGUGACUAUCUGUUUUGA